GAGAACAGAGAGAGAAAUCUCUGUUACAGAGAGAGAGAUUUCCCUCUGUGGUUCGGGUGGACCAAAUUUUUCCUCUCUCUUCGGGUGGACCAAGUUUUUCCUCUCUCUGUUACAGAGAGAAAGAUAGAUUUGUAUUUAGAAUUUUAAUGGAGUUUGGUAAUAUUAUUGUUGCCUUCUAACUUAUGAUUGGAUCAUUUUCUGUCAGGUACUAUCACCUAGUGGCUCAGAAAUUUGCAAUCUCCAUUGCACUUUGAAGCUUUAAGAAAAGAACAAAUGUCUAAGAAGAGCCAACAUACCCUUGCUGGUCCAUCAACCCAAGAUGAGAAGAAGAGGAAGGCCAUUUGGAAUGAAAAAUUGAUAGAGGAGUUUAUCGAUAUAUGUAUUGGUGAAGUUGAAGCUGGUAAUCGCCCAGGAACACAUUUCAAUAGGUUAGGGUGGGCCAAUAUAAUUAAGAAAUUCAAUGAGAAGACUGGAAAUCAAUAUGACUACAAAAAAUUUAAAAAUAAGUGGGAUAACCUGAAAGCAAAUUGGAGCAUUUGGAUGAAAUUGGUGGGAAAGGAAACAGGACUUGGAUGGGAUCCUGUUAGAAAUACAAUAGAUGCACCAGAUGCAUGGUGGGAAAAAAAAUUGCAGGAGAUUCCUGAUGCAGCUAAGUUUCGAGAACGUGGUCUACAACAUGCCAUAAAAUUGGAUAGGUUAUUUAGAGGUACUAGUGCCACUGGGGAGGGGGCCUGGGCACCAGCUUUACUGGUGCAGGAGGAUGUUGAGGACACAAUUGAAGUAUAUGAGAGGUUGGAUGGGGUUAAUAAUGAUACAUUUGAGGGCUUAGGUGACUCAGAUGAGGACCAUCAUAUGAUUGCAUAUAAAAUUGAUGAUGUUCCCACUGAUAAUUUUAAUGUUAACCUUACUCUUGCAUCUGAUGCUAUCCAAGAGAGAGGAAAGAAAAGAGUUAGCUCUACUUUGCAUGAUAAGAAAUGCAAGAAGGUUGGGGGUGCUGCACAACUAUCUCAGCAAUUGAGUCGUCUUAUUGAUGCAGUGGAGAAGAAAAGUACAGUGCCAUCCAAGAUGAUUGAUAAACCUGGACGUAGUAUCGAUGAGGUGAUGGACGUAGUGCAUAUGAUGCCUGAGAUGGUAGCACAACCUGAACUGCUUUUGAUUGCUGCUGAGGUGCUCCUUAAAAGAGAACAUCGAGAGAUGUUUAUGGCACUCCGAGAUACCAAUCUUCGAAUUGAAUGGCUCAAGCGAAUGUCAAACUUACAUAAGUAGUUGUUGACGUACUAUCAUGGCAAUAUGUUUUGUAGUUUUAAUUAUGAACUUCUAUUAUAGAAUGAUGAUGGACUAUAUGUAUUUGUGGUAUCUCUUGGAUAAUGUAUCGUGGAUGCUAUUGAUUUUAUGGAUAUUAUAGAUGUUAUGAUUUUGUGA